AUCCUUACGCAAACCAUGUUUGUCAAUGUUUGAUAACUCUUUGUAAUGAUUCUCAACGAGAUUUUAUACUUAAUUUGAUUGGCCAUAAAGUGCCUCAGCUUGCGCGAGAUGCGCAUGGGAAUUAUGUAUUGCAAUGCUUGAUCAAAAACAUUACAACUAAGGGGCAGGCAAUUCGCCUUAUCUCUUAUCUUGCAAAGGAUGUUAAAAGCCUCAUUGUAGACAGUUAUGGCAAUUUUGUUCUUCAAAAGACUAUUGAAUUUUGGCCAUCUGAAUUAACACAAGUAUUAUUAAAUCUUUGCGAAAACAUUCUUGAUGCAGCUUGCGAUAUUCAUGGUUGCUUUGUCGUAAAGAAAUGUUUUGAAUACGGAACUUAUCUCCAAAAAAGCCUUGUGCAGUCCGCAAUUGCGGCAAAUACAUUAAUUUUAAGUCAGAACUUCACUGGUCGCAUCGUUUUACAAUACGUUCUUAAUGUUGGAGAAACUCUUUAUUUCGAAGCCAUCAAAAAAAAAUUACAAGAAACUCGUUUUGAAACUUUUUUUAAAGAACCGGAUUAUCAUAUUCAAAAGAGCCGUUAA